AACUAUGUGUUUCCAUCUGAUUCUGACUCCAAGAGGGGUGAUGAUUUUUCUGCCCAUGCAGCCUGUGUGAACUUCACAUGUAUGGCAAGCGCAACGCUUCCGCUCCAUCAUUUACCGUUUGACCGCAACACAACACGUUUGUCAUGAAAUUCACACUUCAGGCGCAUACAUUCACGGAUGACGAAGAUCCAGAAGAUCUACACGAGCCCAUGCGUCUUGUGCGGCUCAUUGGCGCUGGAAACUGAUCAUAGUGGAAGUGCAGCAUCUUCAGCCAACGGUGACAUUCACGACGCCGUGCGCGCAGACUGGCAGGCUGCUGUACGGGCACUAUGGAGGAGAAAAACAAGGACGAUAACGCCACGAAGGGACAGGAAUCGAUGUCCUAUCAACGGAGGAUGUGGAAGAAUUUUCAAGAAAAAACCAAACCGUUUUUGAGUCCCAAAUUGGUCUCUGAACGUCGCAAUCCCGACAGUAAAAAGGAGACGGGGUUAUGGAUGUUUAAAAGGAAAAAGAAACAGUUGGACCGUGUCUUUUCGUCCUCACAGCCCAAUCUCUGUUCCUCUACCCCGUCGACUUUCCCGGGCGACCUGUCACUCGGCGGUACAGCGGUCCCUGGGAACAGCGACAACGGGCAACCUAUGCAACAGCUGCUGGGUGCGGUUGGAGUGUCGGCAAGCAAGCCAGAGCUAACGGGACACGAGUGCCCGAAGCUCAUCGUCUCCCAUUUAAUCAUGUCCCACCAGAAGAGCUCCUCUCUCGGCUCUGCAUGCUUCGAGAAGCUGGUAGUAAAAUCUGCGGACGUUGGAGAGGAGGAACAGCUCCGCAAAAACGCCAGUGAUUCUGGCAUCAACAUCGUGGAGCCAAGUAAUGCUGAGACCGCCCUUGUUACCAACCCAGGGAUGUACCAGCUGGACAUCAUACUGAAGAAAGGACACAACCUCGCCAUCAGGGACAGAGGAGGGACAAGUGAUCCGUAUGUGAAGUUUAAGAUCGGUGGGAAGGAGGUGUUCAGGAGCAGGACCAUCAAUAAGAACCUGAACCCAGUGUGGGACGAGAAAGUCAGCCUACUGGUGGACAGCCUCCGAGAACCCCUCUAUGUCAAGGUGUUUGACUAUGACUUUGGCCUUCAGGAUGACUUCAUGGGUUCGGCAUACCUCUACCUGGAGUCCCUGGAACACCAGAGGAACCUGGACGUGACCCUUGACCUUGAGGACCCCCAGUACCCCGACCAUGACCUGGGAACUCUAGACCUGGCAGUCACACUGUCGCCCAAAGAGGGAGACUUCAGGGAAGCUACCAUGCUUUUGAGAAGGAGCUGGAAACGAUCCAAUAAGCAGCUGCAUUCAAGUAUGCGGUUGUCAGAUGUCCACAGGAAAGCUCAGCUGUGGAGAGGUAUAGUGAGCAUCAGUCUGAUUGAGGCUCGCGACCUCCAGCCUAUGGACGCCAACGGCUUCAGUGACCCCUACGUCAAAUUCAGACUGGGCCAUCAGAAAUACAAGAGCAAGACGAUACCCAAGACUUUGAACCCCCAGUGGAGAGAGCAGUUUGACUUCCAUCUGUAUGAGGAGCAGGGGGGCUUCAUCGACAUCACCGUCUGGGACAAAGACGCCGGCAAGAAGGAUGACUUCAUGGGCAGGUGUUCGGUUGACCUGUCGCCGCUGAGUAAAGAGCACACUCAUAAGUUGGACGUACCGCUGGAGGAGGGCGAGGGCAUGCUGGUGCUGCUGGUCACACUCACUGGGGCUGCAGCAGUGUCCAUCUCGGACCUGUCGGUCAAUAUUCUGGAUGACCCACACGAGAGACACCAGAUACUACAGAGAUAUAGUGUGCUGAGGUCGUUCCACAACCUGAAAGAUGUGGGUAUGGUCCAGGUGAAGGUCAUCAGAGCAGAGAGGCUGAUGGCAGCAGACGUCACGGGCAAGAGUGACCCCUUCUGUGUGGUGGAGCUGAGUAAUGAUCGGCUACAGACACACACCGUCUACAAGAACCUCAACCCCGAAUGGAACAAGGUCUUCACCUUCAACGUGAAGGACAUCCACUCAGUGUUGGAAGUGACGGUGUACGACGAGGACCGAGACAGGAGUGCAGACUUCCUGGGGAAAGUGGCCAUCCCUUUACUAAACAUUCAAAAUGGUGAACGGAAAGCCUACGCCUUGAAAAGCAAGGAGCUGACAGGGCCAACAAAAGGGGUCAUCUUUCUCGAAAUAGACGUGAUUUUUAAUGCUGUGAAGGCCGGUCUCAGGACUUUAAUACCCAUCGAACAGAAAUACAUUGAGGAUGAACCCAGAGUUUCCAAACAGUUGCUGCUGCAGAACUUCAACAGAGUGAGGCGCUGCAUCCUGUUCCUCAUCAACGCCGGCUGCUACAUCAACAGCUGCUUCGAAUGGCACUCGCCUCAGAGGAGCAUCUGCGCCUUCCUGCUCUUUGUUCUCGUGGUGUGGAACUUUGAACUCUACAUGAUUCCUCUGGCUCUGCUGCUGCCGCUGGCCUGGAACUAUAUCCUUGUCGCUUCGGGGAAGGACACCAGGCAAGACGUGCAAGCGAUGGAGGACUUGCUGGAGGACGAGGAUGAGGACUAUGAGAAAGAUGACAAGGUGCCUAGGCCCGGCCAUUCGGAUGACGGCCGACUGCCUGAAAGCCAUAUCCUUGUGGAUAUGUUGGCUUCCUGGCACUUUGAGUGGAUACGGGUGAUGGUGGACCCGGAGAGAAAGGGCUUCAUCAACAAGCUGUAUGCCAUCCAGGAUGUGUGCAUCAGUGUGCAGAAUGCGUUGGAUGAAGUAGCCUCCUACGGCGAGAGGAUAAAGAACACAUUUAACUGGACAGUGCCUUUCCUAAGCUGGCUGGCCAUCGUUGCACUGUGUGUGGCCACUGUGCUCAUCUACUAUAUCCCCCUACGCUACAUUGUCCUGGCCUGGGGGGUGAAUAAAUUCACCAAGAAGCUCCGUGACCCGUACACCAUUGACAACAACGAGCUCCUGGACUUCCUGUCCAGAGUCCCCUCAGAUAUACAAGUGGUGCAGUACCGAGAGCUGAAACUGGAUCUCAGUCAUAGUCCAAAUAAAAGAAAGAAAAACAACCCGGGGUAGCUGGCUUUGUCCGCCCACGGAAUCUUCCCUCCCUCAACGGCCCGACACCGAGGAGCAGAGGAAGGCUGGUCUGGACCUCCUCAACUCUCUCUCUCUCUCCUUUUUUCAUCUUUUCCUCUUUCUCCCUCUUCUACUGACUUUAUAUAUAUACAUGUACAGGCUCCCGAAGUGUAAUUAUCACUGUAGAAAGAGACAGCAAGAGAAAAAUCGUAAAUUCUGAGUUUAGAGAUGAGCCUGGAUGAAAGUGGACCGGACCAUUCCAGACCCAGGUGUUUACAGCAUUGUACCAGUCUGACAGAUGUACAAGUCAUGCUCGACUGUGUGACAGUUAUGAGAUCAGCCGAAGAGAUUUCAGGCAUUUUUUACACAAUUCCCCUGUAAGGAACAUAUCAUUUAACCCUAUCAUAGUCAGAAAGCCGCCAACCAGGUAGAAUGGAUGGUCUACUUUUCCAAACUCCCAAAUGACCUCUGGGUGUAAGCAUGUGGAACAAUAGAUAAAGAGCUUAUUUAUUAAUUAUUUUACAAAAUGUUGUAAAUAUUUUUUGUUGUAUUUACAUUUUGGAUUAAAUUAUUCUAUUUUUUUGGGGGGGCGGGGGGGUAUUUUAAGCUCUCUUUCAGCUCUUAGGCCUAUACACAUAUCACCCUGUUCCAGUGGUCCUUGACUAUCCAAAUGAAUGAUAACUUCAAAAACCUCAAAAAUCCUCUUUUAGAUGGAUUCCGAGGACUGCUGCAGUCCUGCCGAUAUGCCAUUCUUCCGGUCUUCACGACCAUCAAUAGCGCAGAUCAGUGUUUUUCUACUCAGAAACAGGGUGUCGUUUCCCCCCAGAAGAGGCAGGCAAGUGUAGAUCUCUGCUGUGCCACUGAGCUAAUAUAGAUGUCACCCUGUGCAGACAGAAUCGCCAGGCAGGCCUUAGGCAGCCCAAGCGGUAAUCUUAUUUGAAAGGCUGGUCUCCUCUCCUCUCAUCUCCACAUGUUGCCUCAGUGGGCACACACACACUCUCCAACACUGUGCCACAGGCUGGCCGCCAUCUCCAUCUGCCCCACCUCCUGCUCAACUAUGAUCUCUCUUUCAAGGGACGAGUUUGUGUAUGUGUGUGCAUGUGUCCCACUGGGCAAAAACAGUUUGAAUCAACUUUGCUUCCACGUCAGUUCAGCCCAAACAAUACUACGCGAUGACGCUGAAUCAACGUUGCUUCCACGUCAGUUAAGCCCAAACAAUGCUACGCAACGACGCCGAAUCAACGUUGCUUCCACGUCAGUUCAGCCCAAACAAUGCUACGCGACGACGCCGAAUCAACGUUGCUUCCACGUCAGUUCAGCCCAAACAAUGCUACGCGACGACGCCGAAUCAACGUUGCUUCCACGUCAGUUCAGCCCAAACAAUGCUACGCGAUGACACUGAAUCAACGUUGCUUCCACGUCAGUUCAGCCCAAACAAUGCUACGCGAUGACGCUGAAUCAACGUUGCUUCCACGUCAGUUAAGCCCAAACAAUGCUACGCAACGACGCCGAAUCAACGUUGCUUCCACGUCAGUUCAGCCCAAACAAUGCUACGCGACGACGCCGAAUCAACGUUGCUUCCACGUCAGUUCAGCCCAAACAAUGCUACGCGAUGACACUGAAUCAACGUUGCUUCCACGUCAGUUCAGCCCAAACAAUGCUACGCGAUGACACUGAAUCAACGUUGCUUCCACGUCAGUUCAGCCCAAACAAUGCUACGCGAUGACACUGAAUCAACGUUGCUUCCACAUCAGUUCAGCCCAAACAAUGCUACGCGACGACACCGAAUCAACGUUGCUUCCACGUCAGUUCAGCCCAAACAAUGCUACGCGACGUGGGAAAACUGAUGGCUUUGCACAAAGUCGAUCCAUGUCGGGGAAUUUUCAACCUAAAUCCAAUGACCAGAUUAAAUGUUUGGUUGAUUUCAGGUUAGUUGACAAUUGAACCAAAGGUAAAUCAAAGGUAGACGUUGAACUGACGUCUCUGCCCAGUGGGGUGUUUAUGCAAAGCAAACAAGCAAGCUGCACGGAGGGUGUCCCCGUACACUGUGUGUGUGUGUGUGCAUGCUGGGUGUGUAUGUAUGCUGGGUGUGUAUGCUACAUGUGUGCACAUGUAAAUGUGCAUGGGUGCGUGUUUCUGGAGUUGUCUUGUCUCGUCUGGCUCUGGAGAGUGAUGUGGAUGGGACCAAUAUUAAGAACCAGUCAGAACUAUCAAAAAAUUUGAUGUUCCUUUUAUCCAUUCGGAAAAUACUAAUUUUCUUUAAAAGUAAGUUUUAGAAUAUGUAUCUUUACAUGCUUUUUAAUAACUGCAACAUUAAGACAGUUCAAAUAUGUCAAAUAUAGAUAUUCUCCCCACUGUAGUUAGGUAUGUAGGCUACGUCACCAGAUGCUGCGUUUUGUUGGUGGAGAGGUCGACCGUUAGACGAGCAGCCAGUUAGCUGCUGUGUGACAAGACACGGCGACGGGUGGCCAGAGACCGCAGGGCUUUGCGCGUACCCUCUUUCCAAAGACCUCCCAUUAUCCCUCUCACUCUCCCUCGUCAGCGGUUAGGAUCGUGGCCCUGUCUGAAGGGAACGUCUCCUGGGUGUCUCCCGAAAGCAUCUGUUGAAAGAUCACAGCGUAGGCUACAUCUGAAGGGGCCUUCCACUCCUCCACAUACCCCUCUCCCUCCCUCCCUCCGUCCUUUACACUUCAACAAGUGUAGUUCUGCCACUGUGGAAGGCCAUUGGUUUGGUUUAUUUCGAGAGAUGCACUUGAAAUACAAUAACAUCCUGCGUGGAAUGUAGGACUUACACGGGUUAUAUCAUCCUCUCUAAAAUGCAGACUCGUGUCUAUUUGUAUUGCCCAAAGGGGACAGUUUGAAAACCUGAAUAUGUAUGUGUGAACUACUGUACGUGGUAUUAUUUACAGUAACUGUGGUGGGUAUAUUGUGUGUGGUCUUAUAUCCAAAUAUUCUAAGUUUUCUAACAUUGUUUUGGCUAUGUAUGCAAGCAAACCAAAGUGAUUUAUUUGACACGACAGAAAAAAAAAUGCUAAACAGAAUGUAUCAUCGGACAGGCAUAAAGGAAAAUGGCACUUUCAUUUGCACCCCCUUUUUCUUUAAACUUCUUUUGGAAUGAUGUACAUAAUAUGCUUGUAAAUGGUCUAAUGUCGGUUGAUGAUCUUGUAUCGGUGUAUGCUUGUCAUUGCUCUCCGAGGUAUUUUCACCCGCAGUGUUGCCUGUGACAUCAUCUUCACUCUCCUAGUCCUGGCCAAUGGUUGUCGAGGACAAGGACGGGGAUUUGGGCUGGGUGGGGGCAGUAAAGGGAAAGUUAUGAGAAAAUAAUGUGCAUCUAUACGACCAAUAAAUUCACCCGAUGUAUGUCGAUUAUUUUGGAAAAACUUGUAAAAGAUUAAAUAUUUUGUAUCAUCUUUGUAGAUUUUUCAUUCAUUGCCAAAAUGGCAUUGAGCUUCACGAAGACAAAUACAUAGCCAGCUACACAAAAGGUUGGUCUGAAGUGCAUACCACCCGGGAGGGCCCUUGAGGCCCCUGUGUGAAUCCUCUGACCGGAUCAUUUAUUAGUCUGGGAGUCCCUCCACUGUCUGAACCUCCUCCAUCUAAACUCCUGUACAAUCACUCCUCACAGCCCCAUAAAUGACGACAUGCGUACCCAGCCAGUGGUACUCCCCUCCACAAGAAGAGGUCAGGAAGGAACACUGGGCUAUUAGUCUCUGCUCCUCUGACAAACACACAUCAUCCUCACAUACCAGGAUGUAAUCGCUAGCUCCCUCUAACACACACAAUCACACCCUACAGUAUAAGCCCAUCUCUUUAUUGAAGUUCCCCACUCAGGAAAUAGUUUGUGUGGCCAGGCAAAUUUUAGGUUGUAUUCUUGAGCACCCAGAGGUGGGCUAGUCUUACUCCUGGUUACCUACCCCCCCACCCCCCUCUUCCAUCUCUGUCCUGUGCCCCCAGCUCAGGACACUACGUGACCAAACACCCAUCCGGGCUCAAUAGAUGCGUCCACUGCCAAACAGAAAGAUAGACCUUUGGGGAGUGUGUGUGCGUACGUGCCUGUGCUGGUGCAUGUUCAACUGACACGCACCUCAGUUUGUUGCCCUUUCAAUUGCUCUGCAAUCGAAUGCUAAGCAGCAUGGUUUCUCACAACGGUAGAACUGCUACUGGAAGCCCCAGUAGGUGAUACUGCAGUGAGUUGUUGCUUAUUUGAAAGACUCCUGACCCGUACCAGCCACUAUAAAGAAGUGAACAGCCUUACAGGGUUAGAGGUUACUGUAGCUUCCCCUGCAUGGGAGAAGACUAUUUGGGGUAAGAGCAUGGGUAGCUCUGCCAAUAUUAUGUUGAUCUGAGUCCUGUUGAGUUGUUUUGAGAUUCAUUUGUCAUUCCCUGUAACGGAUUAAGGUCUUUAUUAAAGUUCUAUUGUUAUUGCUUAUAGACACCCGUCUGUCUCGUGCUGCACGAUCACAUGUGACACUUCCAACUACAUUGCAGAUAGAAAUGCGGUGAAUAGAGCCAAUGUAAUUCCCUAUUCUAUGUGCCAGAGAGGCAUGUUUGAUCGACGUAGCCUAUUUCUAUUUGAACGUUCCACAACAUUCAAUUCUGCAGAAAGUGUCGCUGGCCUGAGUGGCCUUAAUGACAUUGGCAGCACCUGCACUGCAUUGGGACUCUCCAUAAACCAUUUCUUUUUGAAGGAAGGACUUUGGUUCAGUUUGAGUAAGUUAUAUGCUCUGACAGAGCUUUGUCAUUAAAAAGUAUUUAUUUUACCUUU